AUGACCACCUACAUGGUAAAGGAUCAUCUUUCUUUCUUGCUCUUUCCUUUUCCUUUAUUCUCUUUGUUCUUUUUGUUCUCUGUUUCUCUUUGUUCUUUUUGUUCUCUGUUUCUCUUUGUUCUUUUUGUUCUCUGUUUCUCUCUCUCUCUUUGUUCUCUGUUUCUCUCUCUCUCUUUGUUCUCUGUUUCUCUCUCUCUCUUUGUUCUCUGUUUCUCUCUCUCUCUUUGUUCUCUGUUUCUCUCUCUCUUUUGUUCUCUGUUUCUCUCUCUCUCUUUGUUCUCUCUUUCUCUCUCUCUUUUUGUUCUCUGUUUCUCUCUCUCUCUUUUGUUCUCUGUUUCUCUCUCUCUCUUUGUUCUCUGUUUCUCUCUCUCUUUUGUUCUCUGUUUCUCUCUCUCUUUUGUUCUCUGUUUCUCUCUCUCUCUUUGUUCUCUGUUUCUCUCUCUCUCUUUGUUCUCUGUUUCUCUCUCUCUCUUUGUUCUCUGUUUCUCUCUCUCUCUUUGUUCUCUGUUUCUCUCUCUCUCUUUGUUCUCUGUUUCUCUCUCUCUCUUUGUUCUCUGUUUCUCUCUCUCUCUUGUUCUCUGUUUCUCUCUCUCUCUUUGUUCUCUGUUUCUCUCUCUCUCUUUGUUCUCUGUUUCUCUCUCUCUCUUUGUUCUCUGUUUCUCUCUCUCUUUGUUCUCUGUUUCUCUCUCUGUCUUUGUUCUCUGUUUCUCUCUCUCUCUUUGUUCUCUGUUUCUCUCUCUCUCUCUCUCUCUCUUUGUUCUCUGUUUCUCUCUCUCUUUGUUCUCUGUUUCUCUCUCUCUUUGUUCUCUGUUUCUCUCUCUCUUUGUUCUCUGUUUCUCUCUCUCUCUUUGUUCUCUGUUUCUCUCUCUCUCUUUGUUCUCUGUUUCUCUCUCUCUCUGUGUUCUCUGUUUCUCUCUCUCUCUUUGUUCUCUGUUUCUCUCUCUCUCUCUUUGUUCUCUGUUUCUCUCUCUCUCUCUGCUUUUGAUCUCUGUUUCUCUCUCUCUCUCUGCUUUUGUUCUCUGUUUCUCUCUCUCUCUCUCUGCUUUUGAUCUCUGUUUCUCUCUCUCUCUUUCUGCUUUUGAUCUCUGUUUCUCUCUCUCUUUCUCUGUUUCUCUCUCUCUCUCUUUUUCUCUUCUCUCUCUCUCUCUCUUUGUUCUCUGUUUCUCUCUCUCUCUUUCUUCUCUGUUUCUCUCUCUCUCUCUUUGUUCUCUGUUUCUCUCUCUCUCUUUGUUCUCUGUUUCUCUCUCUCUUUGUUCUCUGUUUCUCUCUCUCUCUUUUCUCUGUUCUCUGUUUCUCUCUUUGUUCUCUCUUCUCUCUCUCCUCUCUCUGUUUCUCUCUCUCUCCUCUCUUGCCUCUCUCUCUCCUCUCUUGCCUCUCUCUCUCUCUCUUGCCUCUCUCUCUCUUUGCCUCUCUUUGCCUCUCUCUCUCUCUCUUUGUUCUUUGUCCUUAUUUGCUGAAGCUAACAUUUUUCUCCUCUGUGUUGGUGUCCUCCACUAUGUGUCUCUCUCUCUCUCUUGCAUAUUUUUCCUGUGUCUCUCUCUCUCUCUCUCUCUCCAGCUUUUUUCUCCUCUCUGCAUGUUUUCUUCACUAGACUUUUUCUCCUUUAUGUGUGUGUGUGUGUCUCUCUCUAGAUUUUUUUCUCCUCUUUGUGGAACUAUUUUUCUCCUCUGUGUGCAUUCUCUCUCUCGCCUUUUUCUUCUCUAUGUGCAUAUCUCUAUCUCUCUCUCUCUUUAUCUUUUCUCAUUUUCUCUUCUCUCUUCUCUAUAUCUCAAUCAACUCACUUUUUCCUUUUAUCAUUGUCAACGGAUUAACUAUCUCAUCUCUUUCAGCCGAAUUGCUUUGUCAUCUCUCCCUCUCUCUCCCUCAGCUGACUCUUAA